AUGUCGUCGCCAACUUUGAGUUUCAGUCCGAGCGAUAUCCCCGACCUCACAGGCAAGGUCGCUUUAGUCACUGGCGCCAAUGUUGGAAUAGGGUUUGAAACUGCCUACUUCCUAGCUUCCCACAAUGCAACUGUAUACCUCGCCUGUCGCAGCGAAUCCCGCGCCUUGUCAGCAAUUGAUACCCUCCAAGCCCGAUUGAAGGCUGCAAGGGUCGAUGCAAAACUUUAUUAUCACAACCUUGAUCUGGGAUCAAUCAAAACCGCUAAAUCGUCAGCCGAUGAUUUUUUGACCAAAGAAACCCGGCUAGAUAUCUUGAUAGCGAACGCUGGAGUCCUCGGAAAUCAAUGGACGUCAGAAUGGGAGUACGAACCGAUGUUUUAUACAAACCACCUGGGACACUUUGCAUUCGUUACGACGUUAUUGCCAUUGAUCGAGAAGACUGCGAGUCUAACACACGAUGUGCGAAUCGUCUGUACUACCAGCAAAGCGUUAACCAUGACUUCUCCGACGAUUGACUACAAUUCCAUUACGGAGCGUCCAAAGGACGCGGAUGCGCCUAGACAUCUUGGACAAUUCGCAAAUGCGAUGAAGGUUUACGGACAAGGGAAGCUUGCGAAUUUAUAUUUUGCGAAGGAAUUGGAUAGGAGAUAUAGAGAGAAGGGGGUAUGGGUUAAUGCCCCUCAUCCCGGAUGGGUUGGAGGUACGGAGUUGGGACUUCAUGAGGCGUUUGAUAUGUUUGGGUUUAUUACGAAGAGGAUUGUGAAUUUUUUGCAUACUUGGUUUGCUAUGAAGACUACCGAUGGGGCUGCGACACAGACGUAUCUGGCGACGUCGCCACGUGUGCCGGAGUAUGGGAUUCAUGGACAGUAUUUGAUGCCGCGGAAUAAUUGGUUAUGGAAAUACCAGGGCCCACAGGUGAUUAAUCUUGGUGCGCCGUAUCAAAAUGAGGAGGAGUGGAGUAAACUUUGGCAAUGGUCUGAAGAGGUUGUAAAGAAAGAACUGGCGAAGUAG